GUCACGCUAUUAUGGUUUAUACUUACGUUUUAUCUAUUUCAAGUCAUCGGAAGUGCAUAUUUACUUUAUUAACAUUAUCGUCGUGUUCUGUAUCAGUUCAACAUUGAUCUUCGUACUGUACGUUACUGAAAACAGGAAAUUCAUACGGACACCCACGAUGGGAAUCUUCUCGUCAAAAGAAGAACCCCCACAACCCACCCCAAACUUCAACUACGAAUCAUCCUACCGAGUCCAACCUCAACGUACGUACUACCACGACCAGUUCGCCGAACCCACCCGAAAUUUCAUUUACGAAUCAUCCCCUAUACGAACCCCCAGCUACAACAGAGUCCAACCCGCAAGCACCCGCGACGACUUCGCAGGCGCCACCAGAAGAUUGCAAUCCCUCCAAAUCAGUCAACCCUCCAGACGCAUCGAAGGCCCGAAACGCUCCUCCAGAAACCAGCUACUCGUCGACUCGCCUCGAAUCGUCACCUACGUCCAACUGGAGCCCUACCACCCCGAAUACCUACAAGUCACCAGAAUGAUCACCAACAAGAAAAACUUCAAGGUGGACAGCAUCGAGAAAAUCGAGAACCCCUACUUGGAGAAGGCGUUCGAGCUGAAAAAACACCAAAAAGAGACGCAGUUCGUGGGCGUGGAGGAGCGGCUGCUGUUCCAUGGUACCAAGAGGGCGAACGUUGACGCGAUUUGUCGGAUGAACUUCAACUGGAGGCGGUGCCAGACGCACAAGUACGGGAAAGGCGUCAGUUUUUCGCCGAACUCGACUUACGCCUCGGUGUAUUCGGACGAGGGGCUGUUUAAUAAGGUGAUGAUUGUGGCGAAGGUUCUGAUUGGGAAUAGUUGCAUUGGGGAUAAGGGGAUGGUGGUGCCUCCAGAGGGGUUUGAUACUAGUCAGAAGGGGUUCGACGGGAUUGUUAUUGUGAAGUUUGAAGACAACGAGUUCUGUCCCGUUUAUAAAAUUAAGUAUCAUGUGAGGGAUGAGAGUGUGGGGAAGGGGCCGGGAUUUAAGAAGAAACAAGCCAAGAGGGGGAGACAGAAUUUGUCAGGAGGAAUGUCGUUUUUUGAUGACCUUUACGAUGUUUCAUACCUUGACUAAUUUUUAUGACGAUUUGUAUGGUAUUUUAUUUUUAUAAUCUAUAUUUAUUAUUUUAAAUAAUUAUUAGGUCUAAAAGAAUUAUAUAAAUUUAUAUAAGCAACUUAUUGUUAAUUACUGUGAUAAUCUGAUCAGCUUGCUAUGUACAAAUUCAAUUUGUCAAUUUAGUCCAUGAAUAAAAAUUGGUCGAAAGUUGUUUUAGCGAAA